UUAUUAUUGAGUAUUGACACUUUAGUUUUUACAGCUAAAAUAACUGAACUACUAUUGACAAAUAAUUUGUUUAUAUAAUAGAUGGAAAUUUGAUGUAAAUUAGUACGUUAUAAUUGAUAUCCUUUUCAUAGAUAAAACAUAAUGAUAUGUGUUUGGGGCUUGUUUCUUUAUACAGAUUCUAUAAACAUAUCGAACAAAAAGAUAGAUUAACAAACCUUAUCAUUUUGAGUACUAAAUCAGAAACCCAUUGGAAUAUAAAAUAAUACAUGUUCACAGAUUAUGAUGAAGAAUAAUACUAAUUAAAAUGUUGGAGAAGAGUACAAGAGGAGAAAGAAUAAAGGGUCGCUCUCUUCUGUCCUAUCUAAAUCUUUAGUCAAAGCAAAAGCCAAAGUUAAAUAAAUAAAUAAAUAAUAAGAGAAAAUAACAAAAACAAAACAUAUAAAAUACAUAAAUAAAAAUCGGAUGCUCUGAUUUUGGUACCCCGGAGACGACGGGAUUCAUACGUUGAGAGAGAAAGAAACCCUCUGACUCUUUUUGUUUUAUUUUCUCCCCCACUCUCUUCGCUUCUCACUUCACUCUCUAUUUAGAUUUUAUAUAUUUGUUUAAUUUCUUUUAUAUGAUUUUGGAAUCAAACAAUUCAAGUUCCUGACCGUAGAUUGUUCAACUAUACCUAAAGAGAUAACUCUACAUUAAAUAUCAGUACGUUCUUGAGUUUAUGAAUAGCUCGUAAAGACAUAAAUAUUUAGUUCGUAGAGAUGUAGACUACAAAAUCAACCGGUCACUUGUUUGACCAUUUUGUGAAGUCUAUUAUAGGGCUAAAUCAGACUGAUCUGUCACAUUAGACACUUAAUUUAAAUAUAUAUAGCAGAUUUAUAUUACCAAAUCUUGAGAUUGUUUGUGUAGUUUUUUAUUUCAUAAACUUUGACUUGUUUAUUUCAAUGACAUAUUGUUAUUUUCUCCCACUUUUGAUUUGGAUUAUAUAUUAUAUACUUUGUGAUGUGGCUUCCGAAUGUAGAGAAAAAAGUUAUGUCUUACAAAAAGUACCUUUUUCUUCAAAUGAACUCAUAUAUGUGCAUGAUACACAUUAUACAUUCGUCUGUACAAUACAAUAUACAAGUUUUUCCGUGUGUAUAUGACCAUACAAGAUGUGUCAUAUACUUAGCGGCAUUUCUAUUAUUGUAACGCAUAAUUGUUUUAGAUAUUAUCAUACAUAAGAAUAUUAGGCAGAAAGUAUAUUUUGUUUGUUUCCUUGAGUAAGCAAAAACAAGUAAACUCUAAAGAACCCAAAUAUUUGCUUCUAAUUCCCUUUUUCAUUCUCCCAAAUAUUCUUUCUCAAUUAAAUAAACUCUAUAUUUUUCAUUGAGUUGUCUCCUCAGAAAAUAAGUCACAUGGCCAUCAAUAUUAGGUAUUUGUUUAUUUAUUGAUCUUUUUAUUAUUAUUUAUUGAUCGUAGAGGUAAUUAAAAGCCCGAAAUUGUUAUAAAAAUAAAUUAUGAAUUAUAUAACACUCCAUUUGGUUCAAAAUAUUACAUAUUUUAGUUUUCCCCACAUAUUAAUAAAACAUAUUAAAUUUUAAUAUUAAAUGUAUAAUAUUUUUGUAACUAUAUAUUUCUCAUCAUUCUAAACCAAUAAAAAUCCUGUACAAUUUUUUUUUUGAAUUUUACAAUCAAUUAUUAUUAGUUGACAAAAAUACAUUGAAAAUAUAAAAAUAAAUAUUUUUGAAACAAAACUUUUUUUAAAAAAAUAUGCAAUUUUAUGAAAUAGAGGGAGUAUGUUAAUUACAUUUUCUCUAUAUUAAAUAAUAUAAUGUUCAAGUUUUUUGCAUUAAAAUUGAGAAAUCAUUUAUUUUGUUUUAUUUUUUUAUUGAAAUAUAUUACUCCCUCAGUUUCUGAAUAAGUGUCACUUUGACAUUUUUUUCAGAAAUUAAAAAAAAUGGCUGAAAUAUAUGUAAGUUGUUAUUAAUUACACCUUUCUGAUCAAUAAUAUUUGAGAUGAAUAAAAUUAUUUAAAAAAUCAGUGCAGUUUGUAAUCAAUUUUCAGCUGAAAGUAAAUAUAAUUUGCAUUGGAAUUGUAAAGUGACAUUUUUUGUGUAACAACAAAAAAUAUUAGAAUUACACUCAGUGGCGGAUCCAGAAAUUUUUUGGAUCGGGGGCACAAAUAUUUAAAAUAAUAUAUAUAAUUUAAUAACAUAUUUUUAUAAAGAUUAAAUAAUAUGUAUGAUUAAAAUAAACUACCAAAAGUAAGUUCAAAGUAUAUAGUACAUUUAAAUUGGUAUCCUAUAGCAUACAUAAAGUAUAACUAAACACAAAUCUUAAAAGAUUUUGGAUUUUAAUAUUUAUUUUUAAAAUUAUUUUAGUUGUUUUGUAUUGUUUAAAUGUUUUUAUCCAAGGGUGUUAAUUAAAUUUACUAGUAGUGUAAAUUAGUGUAAAUAUAUAAAAUGAGUUAGAUUAGUUGUUGAAACAAAAUAGAAAGGAAAUAGUUGGUUGAAAAAAGCAAACAAAAAAUCUAUAUAAACGUGGUAACAAAGUAAUACACGAAGAGAUGACAUCCAUACAUUACGUCUAAUACUCGAUGGAAUGAGAAAAUAAAAUUGAAAGAAAAAAGAAAGAAAAGGUAAAAAAAAUAGACGUACAACGGAAGAAUCAAACUGUCGCUCUAAAAUUUAAUGGGGGCACUAUAAGCAACUGAGCAAAUUAAGUGAUAAUGUUUAGGCUGGAAACAAAUAUUAUCUAGAAUUAAUCGGGGGCACGUGACCCCGUAGUCAUUAACGUGCAUCCGCCCCUGAUUACACUUAUUAUGAAACAGAUGAAGUAUUUGUUUCAGAAAAAAAAAAAUCAAUAGCUAAGCAUUUAAUCAUUACUGACAAAAAAGGUUAAGCAACUGUAAAAUACUAAACAAUCACAAAAUGUAAAAAGACAUUUAAUUUUGCACUAAAUGUUGAAAGCAUCAGGAAUAAAAAAAUAGGAAAAUGAUUUGAAAUAAUAUGUAGAGAUUAUUAUUUAAUCUUAUAAUAUAUAUAUCUGUUAAAAAAGUUUGUGCGGUAUAUGUUUGUAGAGUUUAGACGUAUUUUGAGUCUUUUUAAAAGUAGUGCAUGCUGUGAGUUAGAUAAAUAUAGCCUUAGCUAUUUUUUUUUUUCCUUUUUUUUGGGAAGAUGUCAAUUUUAUAAUUCUGAAUUGGUUUUCUUAAAGCCUACGGCUACAGUAAAUUUGUUUUAUACUGUAUUUAGCAUAUAAAUUUGAAUUCAGUAAUAAUAAUUUGAAUUUUAUUCCAAACUAUAAAUAUAUGUUUAGUUUUCUGAACGAGCUAGUUUUCUGUUUUUUCAACCCUAGGCUCAUCCAAGAGAUUAUCAUUAGAUCAGUCACUAACACUAUAUGUUAACUGAUCCAUUAAUUACUAUAUUGGGAACUAAACCUUUUUAGGUUUAGUUUAUUAGAGGAACAUUGAAACUAGAGAUUUCUCAAAAAAAAACAUUGAAAGUUUGAAACUAGAGAGUAACGAAGGUUGAUAUUUCGCUUAGCUAUUAACGUAUGAUUGGAUUCUGUGCCCCAUUAAUUUCUCGAAGAAGAUAUAUUAGCUUUCCUUUUGCUCGUAUGUUUUAUUCUUUCCUUUAUCAAAUUCGCAAUGGCUAGAAAAGUUCAAAAAUGAACGGGUGAUAAUAUAUUCAUGGACCUGAACUUACGUCGGUGAGUGAGAUCCAAUGCGACAAGUAAUUAAACUGCUAAUGCUGUUUUUAUUUUUAACUUCCUCAUUUACGUACGAAAUAAAAGAACUUACUAGUAGUUGUAUUUUAUAAUUUUUAUUCAUAGAUCUAAAAUAAAUUAUCACUGCACGCAUUAAAUGGAUCCAACAGAACGUGAGGUUCCAUAUUGUCUAAAUUAAUAGUUUACACCUUUUUGGAAUAUAUCGGAGAAUGAAAGUCUCCGUUGAUUCUACCAAUCCGUUGACGUUCAUAUCUCUUUGUCAUAUUUUCUAAUUAAUACUAUCCAUUAUUUAAUUAUUAUAUUUUUGAUACUUACUUUGUAUUUAUAAAUAUGCAUCUUGUCUUCAAACAUACUCUCCCAUUUUCAAUUUUAUUUUGAAAAUUCCUUGAUUAAUGUUUUACAAAUCAAUAAUAACUGAAUCUUCUCAACACUAAGGAAUUCGGAGAAGAAUUUAACAAUAACAAUCAAACUAAUAACAAUACACAAAAUAUAAACAUAAGAAUAAGAAAACAUAUUGACACAUGCAAUAUGGUUAUCUACCUGUACAAAUCAGACAAUGAUUUUUUUUUGGACUACUAUGAUAUUUAUUUGGUAGGUAUAGAUCUGAAAUUUAAUACGCAUUUUGAUUCCAUACUGAAUUAUGGUUGUUCAAAUCGAAUUAAAAAUAAAUGAGUGUGUUUAGUUCUUAACACAAAAAAGAGUGUGUGUUUACUGUUUAGUGAAGAUUAUUCAAGUAGGGCAAAAGGCAAGACCCAUAGCUGCCUAACAACCAGCUGUCGUCCUCUGUCUAUUAUGUUGAAUAUUAAUUUAACUGUUUAAUGGACCCUCAUGUUUUUUGCAUUAUGUUACCAUUAUGGAAAAACUGUCCUAUACAUUAGAGAAAAAUAAAUUUUGGACUAAAAAUAAAUUUAUUUUCUCACUUUUCUCAUUGAAAGAUCAAAAGAAAUGUUGGUUAAAGAAUAUAAGAGAAGUAGUCGAUCCCAGAGGAGCGCCUUGCAAAAGUGUUUUCUUGUGUAUCAUCUAAAAUUUCUGGUAAACAUAUAACAUAAUCAUGAUCAUACAACAUCAAUAUAAUAUAUUGUAUCAUACAUUAGUGUUAUUUAAAAUCCCAUUUAUGACCAGUUUAAACUUUUUAUAUUAUUCAAAAUUGAAUGGAAAAUCGAUAUGAUUGAGUAUGUUAUCUGAUUGUAGUAUAAGUUCCUUUCCUACUAACGACGUUUGUAUAAAAAAACAAGAAUAAAAAAGGAAAAUGCGAAGAAUGUUGGUUUCACAUCCUAAACAAUGUAGUAUAUAAUUUUCUUCCUUUUUGGGUCAAUUUUUUUUUUUUAUAUUAGACUAAUUUGAUGAAAAGCAUGGUGAUAACUUUUUGGUCUUGUGAGUCAAGCUUUUCCAACAAAAAAAAAAUCAUUUAAAAACUGGGCAUUAACUAUUUUUGGUAUUUAUAUGCGAAUAGCCCAACAUGAUUUGUUCAUCAUUGACUCACUAACAACGAUGUAUAAUAUGCUUUUCUCGCCCCUUUUUUUUCUUUCCCUUCACAUUCACCGUGCAAAAAUAUGCCUCUCAAUUCUCAAGUUGGAGAAUAAAGCUUAAAAUCUUCCAUAUUUAUGUUUAAAACACCCAAAAACUACUUUUAAGCUUUACGUAUUUUGAAAUAUAAUCGUAGGGUUACAUUGGACCCACUGUUUUAUGUUAUGCAAAUAGCAAAAUUUCUAGAGUUGUGAAUUAAAUUAUUUAAUUCCAUUCCAUCUCAAAAUAAUGAAACAAGAGAAAGGUUGACAUUACUAUCCCCUUUUAGAUUUUGUAAAGUUAUAGCAAAGAAGCCAAUAUUUAUUUCCUAUCACAUAAUGAAUUUGCACGGCUAACUAGCUAGGUGAAAAACAGUAAAGAUGUACACUCAAAAUUUAAAAGAAAAAGCGAUGUGGUACUAUUUCGGAAAUACAUAAGAAUAUUUGUAAUUACAAAAUAAUUUUACCAAAAACUAUCAUAAUUUGGAGUGUAAAAGGUAAGAACACUAGCUAGUAAUCAAUCCACCACUAAUGCGCCACAUCAUUUUGUAAGGUACCAAUGAAAAAAUAACGAAAAUUAAUUGGGCAUAUAUAUAACAAGAUGCAAGAAAAUAGAAACAUAAGUUAAAAGAAAAUCAUUGGAACUACACUCCAAUAAAUAACUUAUACCUGCGUUUAUAUAACAUACUGAUCACACUAGUGCUAGUUUGGUUAUGAGAGAAACUGAAACAAAAAUUUAAUUGAUCAACUCCUUUUAAAAAAAGAACUCUAAUUGAUAAACUUUUUGGGGAUAAUCCUUGUUAUAUAUUUUGUGUUUGGCUUAAAAUCCGAUACUCUAUACCAAUUUUUUUCUCUUCCACAAGAGUAUAUUUAUAGGGUAUAAAAGAUGGGGCCUAAAGGAAUUGGCAAAUUGUACCGAAGAUUGGCGAAGAAUGAGAUGUGGCAUGAAGGUGUUGUAGUUGUCUCAUUAACCAACAACAGUCACAGAGAGAGAGAGAUGUGAUGUCCACUGUUCAUUAAGGGGGUCCAUAUCUUUAUAUUGGUUGAAUAUAUAUCAUGUAACGUCAAAUUCUCUAUGUCUAUAUAUUGUUAUUAUGAUUAAUCAAUAAAGUUAGAAUAUUAUGAGGGUGAAAGAGCACACAACACCAAAGAAUGUACUGUGACACCCACCAACGUCUCGUAACUAUAAUACAUAUUCUGUACUUACCACACCGACUAGGUUACAAACCAUACCGUCCAGGUUUAACUUAUUCUUGUCUCUUAAUUUGAUAUUUCUUUGUAACCUCUUGUCUUUGAUUUCUUAAUUUUGAAUUCAGGUUUGAAUAUAUGUUAUUGUUAGACAUCGACCGAUAGCCAUCAAGAAACCUAAUGAAUGACUAUUAUGACGGUAAUGAUAUAAAACAGAAAAUCUGAAAGAAAGUUAUAUAGGUUUUUUUUUUUUGUAAAACAAAGUUAUAUAGGUUGUAAAGACUAACUGUUCCAUUGGGUAUACAGCUUUAAAACCUGCAAGAUCAUCAAACCUUUGUGAAUGGUUAGAAGAUUUACUUCUCAGUAUUCAUCAUAGUUAUUAUUCUCUUUUUUUGUCAAAAUAUAGUUAUUAUCUUCUGCAACAACACCAAUGAAGAUUUGAAUUUACAAAUAGUCAUGAGCUUUUGAUAUGCUAUCCCCCAAAUUCCUCGCGACCAAAACUUAGCUCUAGACAAGUGUUUCAUGGUUUUCUACUAGCAAUUUCAAUCCAAAAAAUGAAAACUCUAUCUAGUAUCUAUAGAACCCAUCACAUCUACGUUGAUAUGGAUUUUCUAAGUAGGUUUGAAAUCUAAAUGAGCUUUUUUCGCAAGAUGUUAGAGAGAGGGCACUAAAGUGUAGGAACAUCUCAAAUUCCAAUAUGAAAAGUCAGCAUAAACGGUUCAAAAAGCUUAAUUAAUUGAUGUAAGUUUAAGGUUGAGAGUGAGAGAGAAUGAGAAAGGAAGAAAGAAGAAAGAGAGAGAAAGGAAGAAAAGGAGCAAUAAAUGCGAAGAGACAGAAGGGCACAGAACUAUUCUGCCCAUUGCAGAAAAGAUAGUCUGAUGUGAGAGGUGAUGAAAUCAUUUUGUAAUCGAUUGCUUUAUGAUUGCUCCUUUCAUUUUUUUAUUUUAUUUAAUUUUCUUUUUAAAUAGGGAGCGACCAUUUAGUGGAUUGGAAUUUGGUUUUUCUCUAAAGCUGAUAAAAAGUAGAAGAGAAAAAGUAUAUAUUCAAUAGGUAAAGUGCUUUUCCCAGAAGUUUUUUUACCCCCUAUGUGUUCUCUCACAUAUACUAAUACUUUUCUGACAAAUUAAAAUAAGUAUAAAAGGUAAAGUCAAGGGAAGAAAAAGCAAAAGUAAAAGAAAAAAAGCUGCAAGAUGAUGAAGUUAUGAUGACUCAAUGAUAAUCGAGUGCAUGCAUUGCAUUGUCAUAGUUACUAUGAUAUGCACAACACAUAUCAUAGUAACUUUUUACUCACUUUUGCUGGCUCCCUUAUUUAAACCCUUAAAGCAUUUACUCCUUUCUUCAAAAGCCCGACGAGUUCACUUCACAAAGUUUCUACCAAACAUAUGUGAUAUUCAAACUAGAUGUGUGUGUGUAUAUAUAUUACAUGCACGCGCAGGUCAAGCUUAUCAUGUAAAUAUAAUGUAUCCUUUUGUUUUAUCAUGUCUGGGUAUAGAUUUUUAGUACUAUACCAAAUAGGCUGUUAUAGCUAAUAUCCAAUCAAAGCUAAUAUUUUGAUUCUAAUUUCAUUACUGGCUUGACGAAGCUUUAUUCAUAGUUCCUUGAACACAUGUUUUUUUUUCCUUUUGAAAAUGAAGACAAACUGAACCCUUGUGUAGUUUCUGAAGAUGAAUAAUACUAAGUUGAAGCUAAAUACGAAAAAAUAGUAUAUCGAAAUUUCAAGAAAAUGAUUCCAAGUAUUAGAAUCUGAUGAACGUUAAGUUCCAGGCCGGUCCAACAAUACUAAAAUUUAUCAUAUGGGCUAUUUUCUAAGUAUAUAUCACUUGGUCAUAAUGGGCCAUUUUUAUGGCUAAUAGUACCCUUUUAGUUGGGAAACAUAACAAGACGAUGACGUCAUAAUGGGCAAUCUUGACAGUUAACUUCGCGCCACGAGUAAAUCCCGAAAAGGUUUCAGGUGUACUUUGUCGCAUUGGAUCAAAGACCGCUACUAAGUCAAAGUCUCGUGUUUGAAGGAUACACUAGCUUCAGACCAAAGAGUGUCUCUUCUCCAGUUCUUCAUCAUAUCUUUCUUCUUCUCCACCAGAAAAGGUUUUAGAGUCCUCUGUUCUAAACCCUAGUUUCUUCUUCAGCUUCUUCCCCGAAGCUGUUAUUCGGAUGCAAAUUUGCUUCCUCUAUUUUGCGCCGUACUCGUUAAUCAAAUAGUCCCAUAAACAAAACAUUUGAUCAUUUGAAUUUUCUUGUCACUGGUUAAUGAUAAAGAAAAAAUUUUGGGGAAUUUUUUUUUAAAAUGUAUUUUGCAGUUUACUUAAUAUAUAUGAAAAUAUAAUUAAUUCUAUACAAAGUUAAGAAAUGGAUCAUCUGAAUUUUUUUUUUUUUUGAUCAUCUGAAUUUUAACUCGUAUUUGUUUAAGUUUCGUAAAAUCUCAUGAUCAGUCCUAUAUCUAAACAUAUAAAAUUAGUUGUUGUAUUGUGACUACCAUAAAGUGGUAGGUAGCGGUAUAGUUUUUUGUCAACUAAAAGAUGCGCUGACCUUUUAACUGACAAAAACUAUACGUGUAAAGAAUACUAGAGGUGUGUAGACAACUGGCUAAUUUCAUUUGUUAAAAAACAAACCAGUAGCCAGUCAAUCGUGACUUAGCUUAACGAGAGACUAGAAGGAAAUGGCCAAGAAGUUGCUUCUCCUUCUUUUACUUAUUAUCUUGAGUUCACAUGCAAAUUGUGGCUCUAUUGUCAAGUUUCUUCCUGGUUUUGAAGGUCCUCUUCCUUUCCAGCUUGAGACCGGGUAUAUUGGAGUUGGUGACGAAGAGCAGGUGCAAUUGUUUUACUAUUUCAUCAAGUCUGAGAAGAAUCCAAAAGAAGAUCCCCUUCUUAUUUGGUUAACUGGGGGACCUGGCUGCUCUUCUAUCACUGGUCUUCUUUUUGAGAACGGGCCUGUGACAUUUAAGGUUGAGGAUUACAAUGGAGGUACACCCACCUUGCUUUCUACUACAUAUUCAUGGACAAAGGUUGCGAACAUAAUAUUUUUGGACCAGCCUGUUGGGAGUGGCUUCUCCUAUGCAACAACUCAAAUUCUUGAUACCCCUAGUGACUCGGGAGAAGCUAAAAGGAUCCAUGAAUUUAUUCGCAAGUGGUUAAGUGAGCAUAAAGAGUUUAUCUCAAAUCCUUUUUAUGUGAGUGGAGAUUCAUAUUCUGGUAAGAUUAUUCCGGCCAUGGUUCAAGAAAUCUCCAAAGGAAAUGAUCUUGGGUUUAAGCCUCAAAUAAAUCUUGAGGGUUUUGUAAUAGGAAACCCUGUAACAGAUACUGAAUUUGAGCAUAACCAACGCAUUCCAUUCGCACAUGGGAUGGCACUAAUCUCUGAUGAACUCUACGAGUCGUUGAAGAGAAGUUGCAAAGGAAAUUAUGAUAAUAUAGAUCCACACAACACAGAAUGCUUGAAACAUUUCGACGAGUUCUUGAAGUGUAUAUCUAGAAUAAACUUUGCUAAUAUUCUAAUACCACGGUGCGAUCAAGCCUUGUCUCCAAGAAGAUACAUUCUCCUUCCAAACACUUCGGCUCCGUCUACUGAUGAUGAUUGCUAUGAAUAUACAGAUUUACUAUCUUCCCUCUGGGCUAAUGACGAGAGCGUGCGGGAAGCACUUCAUGUGGUAAAGGGAAGUAUAGACAAAUGGGUACGGUGUUCUUCUGGUAAGCCAUACGAUUCCGACAUCAAAAGCAGCGUACCAUACCAUAUGAAUAAUAGCAUUAAAGGAUACCGAUCUCUCAUCUUCAGCGGUGAUCAUGACUUAAUGGCGCCUUUCAUUUCAACGCAAGCGUGGAUAAGGUCUCUUAACUAUUCAAUUGUUGAGAAGUGGAGGCCAUGGAUGAUACACAAUCAAGUUGCUGGAUACACUCAAACUUAUGCCAAUAAGAUGACAUAUGCUACUGUCAAAGGAGGUGGGCAUACACCAGAGUAUAAACCAAAGGAAAGCUUUAUCAUGUUUCAGAGAUGGAUUAGUGGUCAACCUCUAUAAUACAUAAAGUAUGUAUCAGGUCUCAGAGAUAUAUAUGCUUCAAGUCAUUGAUUUUAUUAAUGUCUGAAGUCUGAAAAACCAUUGAGUGAUGAGAGUAGUGGUACAAGACCUGAUCAAUCAUCACAGGUCUGUAAAUGUAUGUAUCAAAACCAGAGACCAUAUACGCUUCUCUAAUUCUACAUCGAUUCAGAAACAAUACAUCUAAUUAUCUAAAUUAAGCAUUUUCAAUACAUCAUCGAUGCCUUGAUGCUUCGAGCUGUGGCUCCAGUUUUGUACAGCACAAAUA